GAGUCAAGAGAGCAGUGGAAAGGGUGAAGGAGUGAGAGGAAGUGAAAAACAGCCAGAAAGAUAAACUGUAGUGUGUGCUUGUGUGUGUGUGUGUGUGUGUGUGUGUGUGUGUGUGUGUGUGUGUGUGUGUGUGUGUGUGUGUGUGUGCUUGUGUGUGUGUGUAAGAAGGGGAGGAGACUUGGCUGGUUGCUAUGCUGGAUUGGCCCUCUCCCAGUCAUGUCCCCUCAUGGGGAAUGGAAGCAGAGCAGCUCCUCAGCAGAGGGGGGUGGCAGAGGAGGACAGCAGCCACAAACACCCCGCACAGACAGACAGCUAAUGUGACGGUGGCAGGAACAACAACAGCAGCAGCAGCGCUGGCAGCGACCGUGACAGCGACAACUACAGUGGCCUCGUGCAUUAGACGCUCGGGUGGUGGAAACACAGAGCCAGGAGUUAGCCACCUGAUUCUCCGCUGUGUGUGAGAGAGAGAGAAAGAAAGAGAGAAAGCACCAAUCACCGCUGCAAAGCUCCAGGCCUGGACCUAGAACCUCACUAAUGUUUAACCUCGUUCAUCGCAAAAUGUCCACAUGCGGAGGCUCUUAAGCAGGUGGGAUCUUGUUCUGGCUACUGCUGUGAUAGCAUGCCCCAGCUGGAGGAUGCCAAAUGCAGCUUCCUCUUUUGCCUUGGAAUUUGCAUUUUUAUCUGCUCAAUCAUAUACUUGAAAACCACAGUUUUUGACACACCACAAGCAAAGAGUCGCAUCCUCACAUGCAGGCCUUUCCCUCAGCACUGUCCAGCCCUGGGCCACAGCAGGAAUGGGACGAGAUGGCAAAGCACUGAGUGCCAUCUGGAGGGUUACUUCAUGGCCCCGGUGCUGAAUUGUACUCAGAUGUGGUCAGAUUUUCAUUUCAUCACCAGGACUUUGAGCAAAGAGGAAGAAGAGUACCCUUUGGCCUUUAUCAUCACGAUCCAUAAAGAGCUCGAGACAUUUGUGAGGCUCCUGAGAGCCAUCUAUGCCCCGCAUAACGUCUACUGCAUUCACGUGGACAGGAAGGCACCUGAGGACUACAAGAAAAGCGUCCGGCUCCUGGCUGGGUGUUUUGACAAUGUUUUCUUAGCCACAGUGAGCGAGAGGGUGACUUAUGCCGGUUUCUCCCGGCUGCAGGCCGACAUCAACUGCAUGAGUGACCUGGUAAAGUCCUCUGUCCGCUGGAGGAAAGUCAUCAACCUCUGUGGGCAGGACUUUCCCAUUCAGAGCAACCUGGAGCUGGUGCGAUACAUGCAGAGCAAAGAGUGGCGAGAUCGGAACAUGACACCUGGGAUCAAGCAGCCAAAGGAUAAGCGCUAUCGCACAGAGUUUCAGUAUGUGGAAGCGGACGACUCCUAUGUAGUACAGCACAAGAGGGGCCACAAGAAGAGCCUCCCGCCACACAACCUCCAAAUAUAUUUUGGAACAGCCUACUACUCCCUGACCCGUGCAUUUGUACAGUUUGUUCUGGAGAGUCCAGUAGCAAAAGACUUUUUGGAGUGGUCUAAGGAUACGUUCAGCCCAGAUGAGCACUACUGGGUAACACUGAAUCACAUUAAAGAUGCACCAGGAAGUCAUCUAAAUGGAGGCUGGGAAGGGGAUAUUCGUGCCAUAAAGUGGAAAGAUCAAGAAGGAACUACACAUAAUGGCUGUAAAGGUCACUACAUCAGGGAUAUCUGCAUCUACAGCAUAGAGGAUAUCCCUUGGAUCAUCAACAAGGAAAGUAUGUUUGCCAACAAAUUUGGAAUUGAAACCUUUCCAGAUGCUCUCCACUGUCUAGAGCAGUGGCACCGACUUAAAGUCCUGCAGCAAGCUGCAGUGCCCAUACAGCCAUCCUGGCAUCUAGCACAUGAAAUUGACACCAGCCAAUGCUGUAACAACACAGCAGGGCUGAAAAGCAAUCUGCUAUACCCAAGUUAGCUAAUGGAAACUAUA